UUUGACAGCCCUAAUCUUUUUAUAUUAUAUCACAUUUUCUAAAAUCUAAAAGACUUUAUAUUUUUUGUACGAUCUAUUUUUACACUUGUAUGUUUUCUGUAAUGUUUCGAAAAUACUAGUUUAAUAAUAUUUAUGUUCGUUUAUAAGAAUAUUUGAUCUUUUACUUUUAUUUGAUUUCAUUAUCUUUCCUUGUAAAGCAUUAACUCCUUCCUCUCUGACAUCUCCUCCCCUCUUCAGAUGACUCUCCCCCCCCUGCCUCGCCUCCCCAACUGGACUCCGACUCCCAGCAUGCACCUCUGCGCCCGGUGAAGCUGGAGCCGGGCAGCACCAUGUGUGAGGUGUGUGGCAAAGUGAUGAAGAACAAGGCGAGCCUGGCGCGCCACUCCUUCAUCCACACGGGUCAGAAACCCUUCGCCUGCCACCUGUGCGAGCUGCGCUUCAACCGCAGAGACAACCUGCAGCACCACCUGACCCGCCUGCACCCCGAAGGAGCAAAGCACCGCCAGAAACAUCGCCCGGCGCCCGCGUGGCUCUGCUCCGCCUGCGGGAAGACCUUCAGCUGCCGAUCACGCCUCAAAACGCACGAAGUCAUCCAUUCGGGGGUGAAACCGUUCCGCUGCGAUUUGUGUCCCAAAGCGUACAUGAGAACCAACGACCUGGAGCACCACAAGAAAAUCGUGCAUGUGGACGUCGACGGUGGAGAGAAACCGCCGCCGGUCAGCUCGUUGCUCUGCGAUUUCUGUGGUAAAGAGUUCCCGUGCCGCUCGCAGCUCGCCGUGCACUUCCAGGUUCACACGGGCGAGCGGCCGCACCUCUGCGACAUCUGCGGGCGGAAAUUCGGACGCCAGUAUCAGCUGAACCGCCACAAGAUCCUGGUGCACAGCAGCAGCACGUUGGACAGCCCGCCGCCUGACGCCCCGUUCCCCUGCAGCGUCUGUGGGAAGCGCCUGAAGUCAGAGGCGCUUCUCGCCGCGCACAGCCGCAUUCACUCUGCGGAGCGAACGCACCGAUGUGUCCUCUGUCCGCGCAGCUUCCACCGCGCCGCCUCCCUGAAGCAGCACCACGACCGCGUUCACCUCAGAAACAUCAGCCACGGGGCGCAGAAUCACAACCGCAGGAAGAGCCACGUCGCGUCAUCCAAAGAGUUCCCGUGUUCGAUCUGUGGAAAGGUGUUCAAGUUCCGCUCGUUGUUGUCGAGUCACGCUCUGAUCCACAGCGACCAGCGGCCGUACGGAUGCGACUUCUGCAGCCGAAGCUUCCGGCGCCUCGGACACCUGAAGCGCCACCGAGAGGUCGUCCACGCCAACGGAGAGAGGCCCGCGCAGUCCUUCGUCUGCCACAUCUGUGGGAAGGACAAGAAGUGCCGCUCGCAGCUGCAGCGCCACGUCAUCAUCCACACGGGGGAGCGGCCGCACGGCUGCGAGCUCUGCGGCGCCAGGUUCAACCGCAGCGGGAACCUGCAGCAGCACAGGAAGCGCAUGCAUGGAGAGGGGGGGGGGGCAGCUGAGGAGGAGGAACCGCACAUCCUGUUUGACGACGACACGAUGCCGGCGCUCGCCUACAAACAGGAAGAGACGGUGGUGGCUGUCGGCGACACGGUCUGCGAGGAGAUGGAGGAGCAGAUCGGUCCCUGAACACAACGUCUGCUCUAAGACUCUGACUCUGAGGAACCUGGAGCUGACCGUGUGGUUGUUCUGCAGGAGAACGAGAACGUGUGGUUGUUCUGCAGGAGAACGUGUGGUUGUUCUGCAGGAGAACGUGAACGUGUGGUUGUUCUGCAGGAGAACGUGAACGUG